UGACAGGUUCAGUUGGAGGCGAUCGUAGGAGGCUACCGGGUGUCACAGGGAGGGGGAAAAAUCGAUAAAUUGUGCUCUCUCUCUCUCUCUCUCUUUCUCUCUCUCUUUUUUUUUUUUUCCUCCUCCUUUUUUCCAGCAUGCUAACUGACCCUGAUUUACCUCCGGAGUUUGAAAGGAUGUCUUCCAAGCAACCAGCUUCUCCGUAUGGGGAAGCAGAUGGAGAGGUAGCCAUGGUGACAGGCAGACAGAAAGUGGAAGAGGAGGAGAGUGGCGGUCUCCCAGCCUUUCACCUUCCUUUGCAUGAAGUUGAUGGCAAUAAAGUGAUGUCUUCAUUUGCCCCACACAACUCAUCUACCUCCCCCUCGAAGGCCGACGAAGGUGGGCGUCAAAGUGGAGAAUCAUUUUCCAGCACGGUGUUGGGAACUCCUGAACGUCGUAAAGGUAGCCUAGCGGAUGUUGUAGACACUCUCAAACAGAGGAAGAUGGAGGAGAUGAUCAAGAAUGAGCCUGAAGGUAAGGAGAAAUGUUGA